AUGGCCAUCUAUGGCAUCAACAUCUCAUUCUUUUUCUGCCAGGCGACCAACAGUCGUAUCAAUAAUGCGACAGCAGUUUUGCGGGGACUUAUAUUUAAGAUUGUGCAGCAACAACCCUCACUCAUCAUCCAUAUUCGUUACGACGGCUCCUCCGAGUAUGAGAAUGUAUGGUCCGCCUUACUCAGAGCUUUCACCAAUAUUCUCGAGGACCCGCACCUACAGAGCACUUACCUGAUCAUGGAUGCACUUGACGAGUGCACUACAGACUUUGGCCGACUGCUUCGUCUUCUCGUCAAGCAGUCAUCAGCUUAUUCGCACGUUAAAUGGAUUGUCUCUAGCCGUAACCGGCCCAGCAUUAAAAGUGACCUCAAUGGCCCGACGCAAAUAAAGCUCCUGGAGUUGAACGAGGGCACUGUCGGCUGCUGUUGGCUCAUUCAUACAGCACAAGUUAAACGAGUUGGCGAAAAAGAACGAGUACAGCCCCAAAAUACGGGAUGCUGUGUCCAGCAUUGCCUGACGUCAAAGGCAAAUGGAACCUUCCUCUGGUAG